UUUUUUUGUCCUAAAUUUAGCAAGUUAAAUGGAAUGAUGUGUUUUGUUUGUAUUAGGAGACAAAUACACACGGUGUUAAGGUCUCACAGCUGCAAAUACCUUUCCUCAUAAUAUUUGCCUUCCAUGUUGGAUCUGUUGUAGUGAGUUUAUUUGGGAGGACAGGGAAUAUCUCUCACUCCUCUUCAUUUGCUUCUCCUUGCAACAUUGUUUGUCUGUAGCAUGAGUACCUCAAAGUCAGUUGUUUGAGUUCUUCAUUUGAGGGAUCUAGUUCAUUUUAUUUGGUCCUGAAAUGGGUAUGUCUCAUUUCUUGGUGUUGGGAUCUGGGUUUUGAGGACUUGUUGAAUAUAGUGGAGUGUUUUUUAGGUUUUUGGUUAUUGGGUUGUAUCUGUGCAUAGAUAGAGAAGAUGGCUCCAAGAUUGGAUUUUUCGGACUAGUGGGCAAAGGAUAAAAACAAGGGAACUCCAGUGGUAGUGAAAAUGGAGAACCCCAGCUACUCUGUUGUAGAAAUCAACGGUCCAGAUGCUGCAUUCCAGCCAAUUGAAAAGAGCAGAGGCAAGAAUGCCAAGCAGGUCACCUGGGUCUUGCUCCUCAAGGCUCACCGAGCUGUCGGUUGUGUUGCUUGGCUAGCCACUUUCUUCUGGGCAUUGCUUGGAGCCAUCAAGAAGAGGUUGAUCUUUAGACAAGGAGUUACGGUGGCUAGUGAGAAGCUAGGCAAAGGGAAAUUGGUACUUAGAAUCAUUAGAGUCUUUCUAGUGACUUGUCUGGCAAUCUUGGCUUUUGAAGUGGUUGCUUAUAUGAAAGGUUGGCAUUAUUUUGAGAAUGCUAAUCUACUUAUUCCAAGGACUCCGGAUUUGCAAGGCUUGCUUCACAUGGUUUAUGUUGCCUGGUUAACAUUUCGGGCCUAUUACAUAGCACCUCCAAUUCAAGCUCUCUCAAAUUUCUGUGUUGUUCUCUUCCUUAUUCAAUCUGCAGACCGCAUGAUGCUUUCCUUAGGUUGCUUUUGGAUUAAAUACAAGAAGAUUAAACCCAGGAUUAAUGGAGAUCCUUUCAGGUCAGAUGAUGCCGAGGCACCAGGCUAUGAGUAUCCUAAGGUUCUUGUUCAAAUCCCAAUGUGUAACGAGAGGGAGGUAUAUGAGCAAUCUAUCUCUGCAGUCUGCCAACUUGAUUGGCCAAAGGAUCGAUUACUAAUUCAAGUUCUUGAUGAUUCUAAUGAGGAGAGCAUCCAAUAUUUGAUCAAGGCAGAGGUUGAUAAGUGGAGCCAAAAGGAUAUCAACAUAAUUUAUCGGCAUCGUGUGGUUAGAACUGGUUAUAAAGCUGGAAAUCUCAAGUCUGCAAUGGGCUGUGAUUAUGUGAAGGAUUAUGAGUUCGUUGCGAUAUUUGAUGCAGAUUUCCAACCUAGUCCAGACUUCCUUAAUUUAACUGUGCCUCAUUUCAAGGACAAUCCUGAGCUAGGGUUGGUUCAGGCAAGAUGGGCCUUUGUGAACAAGGAUGAAAAUUUGUUGACUCGUCUCCAGGACAUCAAUUUGUGCUUUCAUUUUGAGGUCGAACAGCAAGUUAAUGGUGCAUUUCUAAAUUUCUUUGGCUUUAAUGGAACUGCCGGUGUUUGGAGAAUUAAAGCCCUGGAGGAGUCUGGUGGAUGGCUUGAAAGGACAACUGUAGAGGACAUGGACAUAGCUGUUCGUGCACAUCUCAAUGGUUGGAAGUUCAUUUUCCUUAAUGAUGUAAAGGUUCUCUGUGAAGUUCCCGAGUCAUUUGAAGCUUACAGGAAGCAGCAACAUCGCUGGCACUCUGGCCCUAUGCAACUUUUCCGCUUGUGUCUUCCAGCAAUUAUAACUUCUAAGAUGGCGAUAUGGAAAAAAGCCAACUUAAUACUAUUGUUUUUCCUAUUGAGAAAACUCAUCCUUCCCUUCUAUUCGUUCACAUUGUUCUGCAUAAUUCUUCCUCUAACCAUGUUUGUCCCUGAGGCUGAACUCCCUAUGUGGGUUAUCUACUAUGUGCCUGUUUUAAUGUCAUUCCUCAACAUUCUUCCAGCCCCCAAAUCCUUCCCUUUCAUUGUCCCUUACCUCCUCUUUGAAAACACAAUGUCAGUUACCAAAUUCAAUGCUAUGGUAUCUGGAUUAUGCCAGUUGGGUAGCUCUUAUGAGUGGGUUGUCACCAAGAAAGCGGGUAGGUCAUCAGAAUCUGACUUAUUGGCUGCUGCUGAGAGGGAUAUGAUGGCAAAAAACCAACCACAGAUACAGAGAGUAGUUUCUGAGAGCGAGCUUGGAGAAUUGAACCGAUUGAAGGAACAGAAAGAAGCAGCUCCCAAACCUAUUAAGAAAGUGAACAAGAUAUACAGGAAAGAGCUAGCUCUGGCAUUCCUCCUACUCGCGGCUGCUGCCAGGAGCCUCUUGUCUGCCCAAGGAGUCCACUUCUACUUCCUUCUCUUCCAAGGGGUAACCUUCCUUGUUGUGGGUCUUGAUCUAAUUGGUGAGCAAAUGAGCUAAAGCACAAGUAAGAGGUAGACAAAGAAAUGGAAACACACACAUCACUUGGACUCAGCUUGUCUGCUUCAUAACUUAUUCACGUCACUGUUGAAAGUAAGCUCAGUCCUUGGAAAACAAUGGUGAAGGGGUAUCCUCUAGUUCAAUGAAACGAUUUUGCAUGUUCUACAUUUUGAUUUAAAUACUAUAGGAUCUUCUCUACUCAUCAAUCACCCACACCAUAGUCACACUUUGUAUUUUCGCAUAGGGUAACAGUCAUUGUAGCUCUCCCCAAGCAUUGAAUUGUUGUUGGUUACUAUAGGAAGGAUAUCACGUUUCAUUUUUUUUUU